AUGAAUGAUUAUUAUUUUAAAAAAUAUUCAAUAGCAUGGUUUACUAAUUUGAUAAAGUCAAAUUGGUCAUCGCGAUAUCCUAUUCUUAUAUCUGGUGGAUUGCUCAUUAUUCUACUUACUUUAAGUGUCAUAGCAAUUAUUCUUAUCUCGACUCGUAGUAUUACUAUCCAUCAACAUAAUAAUGAAGCAAUACAUAUUGUAGAACCAUCAUUUAAUAUAACAUAUAUAAUAGUUAAUGAUAUUAAUUCACCUACUCCAAUUUUUAAUUUUAAUUCAAAACAAAUAUCACAAAAUGUAAUACUCAAAGGAUUUCUUGAAUAUGAAUAUCUUAAUCUUGAACAAUAUUAUGAUCAAUUAAAAUUCGCGAAAUGUCCAGCAUUAAUACUUUGGGGUCGUCAAGAUCAAUUAUGUGUUGUUGAUGCUGCUUAUUAUUUUUCAGAAUUACUUUCCGAUUCAGAAGUAAAAAUUCUCGAUGAAUGUGGCCAUUUUAUAUCAUUUGAAAAAGCAGAAGAGACAGCGAAAUAUAUCAUGGAAUUUCUUGAUCUUCAUUCUUAUGACGUUGUUGAACUACCACCGACUAAAUUUUAG